AUGGAGGAGACUCGGGACCGGCACCUCAUCACAGGGCCCAAAGUUGGCGUCGUCCAGCACUUAGCAUGCAUAGGGCACACUAUCCUUGCCGACCAAGUCCUCAACAAUCUGUCUCUAGGCUGUAUAAUGGACUGGGCUUUCAUCCACUCUACUGAAGAUUCUGAAAGACGAUUCUUUCAGCCCAACCGAAUGUUGGAAGUUCCCGAUAAAUUAGCGCCUAUCGGUCGUCCUACUGGUGCCAAAGCCAUUUUUUUUUGA